AUGCGAACCACCAAACGCCACGUCACUGGCACCUUCUGUCGCGCCCUCGCCAUUCGAACCACCAUCGCCGGUACUAUGCGCGAACGCCCAGCACACAGGAACGAGUACGGCAAGGAGAUGAAGAGAAGGGAGGAGGAGAAAGGAGGAAUGAGGAGAGAAGAGGAAAAUGAGCAGCGGGAGGAAGUGGAAGCAAGACGAUUCGUUGAGGAGAACGGCCCAGCGCGUCACCACCACUUGCAAGCGCCACGUCACCCGCGCCCAUACUGCGCCCACUACUUCGCCAGCGCCAACGCCUACACCACCGGCUUCUACCAGCGUCAGGUCACACUUCCUGUCCUUGUCCCUGCUCCUUGCGCCAUAGACAGUCUCCAGUCUGAGGACGCAACUCACAGUCCUGCCGCUUCAACGCCAUUCCUUUGGGCACUCCUCUACCCUGUCAUCAAUCGCUCGCACGAAUCAAUUCCAGCAAAGACCGAGUCGACAGCAAUAUCACUCCACUCUUCUCUGAAAGACUUCGCCUUGUCAGUAUUCAACCCAGACCCCACAUCGGUUUCUAUCUUUCAGGAGACCUCUACAUCUGGGUUCCGCAGCACAUCUUCCUUUUCGGAGAAGCUAAAGCUUUCCAAGGAUGUCAUCCUUCGUCCGACUUCUUCCCUUAUGUCUCUUGAAGGAAGCACCAAUUCACUAUCUGUCGUUCCUAGUAUGACAUCCUCAAAGGCCCAUGUGGCAGAGGCAGUGCCAACUCUGUCUUCGUCCGCACUCACGUCAUCUACUCUUGGCCUGAGUUUCUUGCAGGACUAUCUUCCCAAAUUUGUGGACACGCAUGCACCUGCUGUCCUAGCUGCUGUAGGACAUGGAGCAGAUCUGGGCUGA